AUGGUGGAGGUUUGUAAGCCUUUAACAGUGUUUUCCUUCAUGCGAAUCCUUGUUUUGCAGAUGCAGCGAGUUACUUUGUUGCUCCUGGGAUUCAUGGCCAGCUGUGAAGGACUUCCACAUCUUGUUGGAUACUACCCCCUGAAAUUCUCAAGUAAAGCAAAUGACUACAGUCCGUCUAAGAAUCCAGCAGGGAUCAUCUCCAAUGCUCAGCCUGCACUGGGGCAUUAUGGCCAAGUUGGUGGGUCGUAUCAGUUCACGGGAGCGCGCUCACCGCCAAGUUAUAUCUAUCUUAAUGAGUCAUAUUAUUUAAAUACGAGAUUCUCUAUUACACUUCUCGUCUGGGUUUUUCCACAAGGCAGAGAUGGAGAAAUUAUUUCCUACUGGAAGAACUCCAAUGACGGAGUGAGUAUAGCACUUGAAAACUCUCGCCCAGUCUUCCACGUCAAUUCUCUUGAUGGGAUCACGAAGUACUCCGUAAAAAGUAAAAACAAACUGUUGCUGAAUGAAUGGAGUCACAUCGCUGGGGCAUAUGACAAUGAGAGUCAAGUGGCAAAACUUUACGUGGAUGGAAUAGAAGUGGCAAACGCAACAGCAAAAGGGAUUCCGGAAUUAGCGACAGAGUCCCCUUUGUGGCUUGGGUACCUGUUCAAGGGAAGGCUGUCCCAAGUUUGGGUUUUCAAGAAUGCUCUUUCUUUGUAUAAAGUAUCUCAAAUAAAAGAUUACCAGAAACCAUCAAGCUCAAGUUUAUCGACUGCUAUUUUAACACCAGUUGAAUUAUUACCAACAUCAUCUAUGACACCCUCCAACAAUCCAUUUCCAAACACGAUUAUCAAUCCAACGAUAGUCAAGGUACCCAAUCCAACGAAAAACACGGAACUCAAUCCAACGAUUACAAGAUUGUCCUAUCAAGCGACGAUUCAUAACACGUCAACUGUCAAUCAAAGCUUUACGUACGCCACACCCGCUGUCAAUCAAACUUUUCAGUACUUUACGCCCACUGUAAAUCAAACUGUUCCGCUGACCGCCUUCCAGACGGCACCAUCGGAUGCAUCGGCAACAGUAAAACAGAAUGCUACGUCGGCAAGUCUAACUUUCAACAUUACACCAUCUCGUACGAUUGCUUCGCAAUCGAUACUUGGAAGUAGUAUAAGUCAAGUCCAGCCCCUCAGGUGUUAUGAGUCCUUAUGCCGAGGAUCAAUGAUCAAUUGCAGUGAAAAUAACUUGAAACAAAGAGUUUGUGAGCCGAGUAACGAUCGAUGUGCCUGGGCCUAUAUGCGACUUAAUUCAAGUUUUCAAGUUCUGUCCAUGAACUGCACUUCAAGCAAUUUAUGCAAAGACGCUGGCCCAUCAUGUGAUCUACUGAUGAAAAACAGAGAUGUGUGCUGCGACUAUUUGUGUUGUGACUCACCACUUUGCAACAAGCCGAAAUAUUUGCAAGGUGGGAAGUCGUGCAAAAGAAAACCCGAUCUCGUCGCGGUCAUCUACGGAGGCAUUGAGGUCAUCCGAGGACAUAACGAAAACAUCACAAUGAAUGCGUCGCUUUCAUAUGACCCGGACGUUGGCAUCGGUGACUACUCGGGAAUGAACUUUACCUGGUUUUAUGGCGAGAUUACAGGCAAUUACACCGGCCUACAGACAGCUACGAAUGAUAGUCAGACAGGGUUAGACGAGUCGAUUAUUCGUUAUUUUGGGAACGAUUCUGGUAUAGAAAUCACCUUUAAUACAACACCACUGCUCCUCAACAGGACAUACGUGGUUAAACUGGUUGUCUCUAAAGACUAUCGCGACUCGAGUGCACAUCAAAUUAUUCAGUUGGUGAAAGGAGACCCACCUGAAAUAUACCAACGAUGCCUAGUAAACUGUGGACUGAAAGUUGUUCCACAAGUUAAACUCAGUAUUCAGUCACAAUGCCAGGGGUCCCUGUGCUCCAAUAUCUCUUCGUAUGAGUGGAUACUCUAUGAACAAUCCUCUUCAUCUGCAAACAACGGCAUCUGGAUUCGAAAACAACAUUUACAGCUUAUCACAGACACACCACUCGGUUCAAGUAAUAUCGUCAUCAAAAAAGGUUCCCUCUCUGGGAGAACAAAUUACCGCCUGGCAUUGUUUGUUCAAACUACCGCCGGCUUACCAGGGAUGAGUGCAUACGACAUAUCCACUACGUCAGCGCCUACAGGGGGCACAUGCACGAUCACUCCCUCCAGCGGCAUCUCUCUGAAAACUGACUUCAACCUGACAUGCAGUAACUGGAAAAGUGACAGCAUACCUCUGUCCUACCAGUUUCAAUAUCAACUAGAGAACGGUCUAUACAGUAUGUUGUUUCAUGGUUUUAACAACACGGUCAGCUCUUGGUUACCGCCUGGUAAUCUGUCGGAAAACUUCACUGUGAAGGUCAAAGUGAUAAUUACUGAUUAUGUUGGUGCCUCUGCUGCGGUGACAAAUUUGUCUGUGCAGGUGAAGCCAUCGGAGCUUUUGAGACCAGAAAACAUCAGCAGCUUUUUGACAGCUAAUGAUAGUUUACUUAACGACGUCAUCCAGGAUGGAGACUUAAGUAGAGCUGCACAAAUUGCAAAUUCUGUCCUCCAGACUGUUUCCCAGGAUAGCACCGUUAGUUUACAGAAUAAGGCUAAAAUUCAAGAUUUUCUGAUCAAAAAGAUCAUCUCUCUACCUGUGCAAAAUCUUCCAGACCUUCUCCAAAGCACGUCUGUAAUUGGCUCUGCUUUACAGGUUUCGGAGAGAGUGUCCUCCAAUACUCUGGAGUCCGCGAUGUCUGCUGUUGGUUCAAUGACAUCACUUCUCUGGAGAACCGCCCAGUUAAAAGAAGUGGCCUACAUACCGCUAGUCACGCAGUCUGCAGAGAACCUGGGCACAUGUCUCAAUAGUGUGUUGAAAACUGGAGCAGUAAUAGCGUCAGGAGAUUUCGGCUCUGGGCUUCAAGAGCAGGGUGUGAAAUUCGUUAAGACCGCGAUGCAAACAAUUAGUUUAGUUGCUGACGCAGUAUUAGCUGUUAGAGCCCCGGAUGAGGGCAUGAUCUCCAUAGCAACGAGGGAGCUGAGCAUGACCUUAGGACGCCACAGCCUCGAGAAACUUGCGGGGUUGAGGAUCGAAGCAGCGGGCGGGGUAAUUGUUUUUCCUUCUGACAGCCAAUCAUUACAAUUUACUGUCACUGCAAAAGGUUACAUUGAUACUCAGAUGUUGUCAAUUCCAUUCAACCCCUACACUUGGGACGGAACAAGGAAGCGAGUCAACUCUGAUGUCUUAGCUCUCGACUUAAAAGACGAAACGCGUAAUGUGAUUAAAGUGUCAAAUCUCUCAAGCGACAUCAUCAUCGUUACAUCACUACAGCCUCAAGUCAUCGCCUUGGAGAAGCCGCAGUAUUUUACCAAAAAUGAAAAUCUACGUUUUCAUGAGAUAGAUGUUGAGUUCGAAAACACUCUGGUAAAGCUGGAAAUCACUCCACAAGAGUCCACUGUAAGUCUGUUUGUUUACUUGCAGUAUGAUCAGCGGCCAACUACAAAAGUGCAUGAACUCAACGCUACUGUGUCUAAGUACUCAAGAUGUGUUUGGACGUCAAGUGCGCAAGACAAAAACGAGGGCGAAACUGAGUGUUCAUUUAGUCCAUUUGAACCCAUCGAAUUCUUAGCUAAGAGUCCUGGAAAAUACUUUCUUGGUGUAAAGAUUUCCAAUGCCAGCUUGAUUAUUCCCAUUAAGAGGCGUAAAAGAUCUUGUUUCGGACAGGGACGGCAAAAGCGCUCCUGCGUCGAAGUCAAGGACCCACCGCCCACCCCACCCCGGAGCGAAAAUGUAUCAGUGGUGCCAGUUUAUGACUCUCGAACGGAUUAUAACUAUACUCUGAAGGUAGCCCAAGAGAGCUGUGUGCACUGGUCAGAGGAGCGAGAAAUGUGGAUAACGGACGGCUGUCAGGUUUUAUCUGCACAAUUAAAUGGAUAUCUCAACUGUUCUUGCAAUCAUUUAACUUCGUUUGGGGGAAGCCUUUUAGUGAAACCGAAUCCCAUCGACUUCGACAAGGUCCUGAUCGAAUUCAAGAAACUGGGAGAGACUGGAAAUGUUGCCGUAAUUGUAACAGUGGCCGUAGUUUUUCUAAUCUAUAUUUUCGUGCUUGUUAUCGUCCGGAAAGCAGAUAAAAAAGACAAGAGGAAUAAUGGUGCGCCGAUACAGUUGCCUUCGGCGUCGAAUAACUUGCAAGAAUUCGAGAUAACCGUUUCUACAGGUGUCUGGAGAAAUUCUGGCACAACGGCCAGGGUUGCAAUAGAAAUUUACGGAACUACUGAAAGCACUGGUAUUCUUGAGCUCAGCCCGGAAGAGCCUGGUGCAGAGAAUUUGUUAUUUUCUCGAGCUAACACAGACGUGUUCGUUUUUAAGGUUAGCAAUCCUCUUGGCACGAUUCAAGGAGUGCGCAUCGGUCAUGAUAACUCUGGAGAGAGUCCUUCGUGGUUUCUAGAAGAAAUUGUGAUUUUAGACAAGCAGUUUAACAACUCUUGGACAUUUACGGUUAAUCAGUGGUUUGCCCUUGAACGAGGUGACGGUCGAAUCGAGCGUACCUUUGAAUUAACGCCCAAUCAACUAGAUUUCAACCAGGAGGUCAUAAAGCGAUGGUGGAAAGGCCUCACUGAAUCACAUAUUUGGGUUUCAGUUGCAGCAAAGCCACGAAAAAGCCGCUUUACAAGAGUACAGCGGGCGUCAUGCUGCCUCUCUGUGCUAUUAACGGCUAUGCUCGCUAAUGCGAUGUUCUAUCAAUUGGAUGGUGGCACUGAAGAGGUCUUUCAAAUUGGACCUCUAAAAUUUUCGUGGAGACAAGUAAUUAUUGGUAUUGAAAGCGCGUUAAUUGUGGCACCAAUUAACGUUCUCAUAGUAUUCCUGUUUCAAAAAGGAGGAGAGAGGUCUGAGACCAGCACUGGUCGUUUUUCUAAAGCAACCCUGUUGAUAUAUCUUGCUUGGUUUUUGAUCAUCUGCGCAUGUGCAGUUUCGGCGGUGUUUUCAGUCUUCUACAGUCUGAUGUGGGGAAAGAGUAUCAGUGAAAAGUGGCUUUCCUCAAUGCUGAUAUCGUUCAGCCAGGAUGUAGUAGUCACUGAGCCUGUGAAAGUUUUCUUCAUGGCGAUGUUUGUAGCGGCUAUUUUCAAAAGGAAAGUAAGCAGAGGAAAAGGAUAUGAAAGCAUCGAGGAACCCCAAAGUAGCCCCUCAAAACAAAGGUUAUGGAAUCUAAAAUUAUCCAAGGUGGAAGAGAUGAGAAAGAAUCAAGCCAGAAAACAAAACAUUUCGCAGUUUUUUGUGGACCUUUUUCUUUAUCUUAUUUUCAUUUUUUUGCUAAUGGUGGUUUGUUAUGGUAACAGAAAUGACCAUCGAUAUCUCAUGACAAAGUCCAUCCGAGAAGGAUUACCAAAGUUUAGCACGGUACUGAACGAUAAGGAGUUUUGGAGGUGGUUAAACGAUGUUUUCAUACCUGGCGUGUUUGUUGGCAAAUGGUACAAUGGCCAAGAGGAGAAUCAAACCAUGUACAUAGGUGAUAAACAUUCUCUGCUCGUAGGAAUGGCGCGAGUAAGGCAGCUGAGGGUGAAAUCAACCCCGUGUAAAGUCGUGGACUAUAUGAAAACUACCUUUCCGACAUGCUACGAGGGAUUCUCGCAAAUUAACGAAGACAAGACUGUAUUUCAUAAACCGGGAUGGAAUCCUGUCGAUAACUCUACGAGUGAUGACGAGCUGCUCCGACUCUGUCCGAAGCCAUGGCGAUACCAAAAUGCUGACACAGCACCAAAGUGGGGAAAGUUCUCGUUUUAUCCAGGGGGAGGAUUUGUUGCAGACCUCGGAUAUAAUACUUCCACCGGAUAUAGCAUCGUUGAGAACCUUAAGAGCUAUUACUGGCUGGACAAACAGACCAGAGUUGUUAUGAUGGAAUUUGCCGCGUUCAACCCAUCCGUAAACCUUUUAACUGCUGUGACGUAUUUCUAUGAAGUGGAAGCAUCCGGGUACAAGGUGCCUUUCACAAGAAGUAAUAUUAUUUCUUUGAAUUCGACGGAAACAGCAUCUAAUGAGUUUUAUCUGAUCUGCAUACUUUUGUUCAUCGUGUUCAUUCUUUUCUUCCUCGGAAGAGAAUGCUAUAAGCUUUAUAGGCAACGCUGCAGAUAUUUCAAGUCCAUCUGGAAUUGGGUCGAAAUCUCUCAGAUUACUUUCUCUGUUUCAGCUGUGGUAAUGUAUAUUUUACAAACGAUCAGGGUGUCUGCAACGAUCCAGAAAUUGCAACAAAACAUUUAUGCGAAUGUAAGCUUUCAAGAAGCUGUCGUUUCGCUGGAAGUGGAGAAUGCAACGCUUGGAAUUCUCACUUUUAUCGUCAUUUUGAAACUGUUGAGAAUGAUUCGGUUUAAUUCUCAUAUUGCAGUGUUUUCUAAAACUCUUCAGACAUCCAUGCGUCUUCUUUCAUCAUUCAGCUUCAAUUUAUUUAUCAUUUUUGUGGCUUUCUUGCACUUCGGCAUUUUGAUUUUCGGGAAUGGAUCUGAGUUUUAUUCGUCACUUCUUAAGGGAACAUACUUUCAACUCGAACUCACUCUGGGACGAGUGAAAGCGAGGCCUAUCAAUACUUUAGCAGAAGCAAAUGAAACAUUUGGAAGAAUCUUCGCUGCUCUACUACUAUUAAGCCUUACUAUUCUAUCCAUGAACUUUUUCAUCGCUUUAAUGAAUGAAGCACUUUUUGAGGCAAAGAAUUCAGUGAAUCAAAGUGAACUUUAUGAUCUAGUGGAUGCAUACGACUGGCCAAGGAAUGAGGAGAGGAGGGCUUUAUUCGAUGUGGUUAGUAACGCUAUGAAACGGAUGAAAUUGCAGCAAACCUCCACCGCGUUGGAAGAAACAGAAGUAACAAACUUUGCCUUAAAUUCUAACAGAAGCAAGUCAAUUCAUUUUGAUUUAAUCAGCAAAGCCAUUACAGCUUUAAGGAAACGGGAGGUCCAAGAAUCGGUACAUGAAAAACCAAGAAACAUCAGAAGAAAAUCUCUCUUUGAUAGAAUAAGUUCUAUUAUCCAAAAGCGUAGAGAUGAUAGCUCUGAAGGAAACUACAGACGAAAAAUGAAAAAGAAAGUGAACUUUAGAGACGAUGUUGUUAAAUCUCAACUGAAGAAGUUACACAAAACGAAAAAGGAUUUAUUUCAUCGAUUGGAUAAUAUUGUGCAAGGAUAUUUUGAGGAGGAAGAGAAAUUUCAUAUAAUAUGUCACGAAAUAAAAGCGUAUGGCUCUCAGGAUGAUCUGGGAAACGUCACGGUCACGGGGACUGAGAACGAAUCAUUUUCUUAAAAGUUUCCAAUUUGAUAACAAUAAGAAUUGAAUGUGGAAACUAUAGAGGAGUAAAUA